AUGUCAGCGACCAGCUCAAGAGGCAGGGUGCGUCCGUACCCAACACGAGGCCCGGCAAAGCAACAGCCGCACUCAUCACCAAGGUCCUCACCCGCAUUUCGGUGCUCGGGUCGGCGUUUUCUCGGCACGAUGGCAGCAGCGCCGGCUCUUGUGGAAGGAAUCACUCACCUCACGGCCUUCCGGGGGUUUGCUGGAACGUCCAUCCUCAUUUUAGUCGGAUGCGCUACCGAUACAGCCAGGAAGGUGCAGGCGGAGCUGGUUUCGCAGAAGUAUAGGACGAUUGAGCUGGAUGAUAUCAGUGCGGGUGGUGGAGGGAUUCCGCCUCCUAGUCCUCAACCCCUCUUGCCUUUCUUGGUUUUCUCGUUGCUCUCUCCCUCCGUCCCUUCCUCCGCUCUCCCCUCUGCCCCUCCCUCCCCUUGCUGUGCAGGGACGACAGGCUCCAGCGUAGCAGCGCCUACCCGCCGCCGCUCCACCCGCCGUGACGGCGCCCACCGCGCUCACCAGGUAGCGCCGCGCGCGCUGCUGGCCGCGCGGACAGCACCGGCGAGCAUGCUGCACGCGGAGCAGGUCAGCGCGCCGUUCCCCCCUUUUCCCAUGCCUUUCCGCCUUGCGCAUGCAUGUCCGCCUUUCCCCUGCCUUUCCGCCUUGCCCAUGCAUUUCCGCCUUCCCCAUGCCUUUCCGCCUUCCCCAUGCCUUUUCCGCCUUGCGCAUGCCUUUCCGCCUUGCGCAUGCCUUUCCGCCUUGCGCAUGCCUUUCCGCCUUUUCCCAUGCAUUCCGCCUUGCGCAUGCCUUUCCCCUCUGCUCAUGCCGUUCUCCCUGCCCAUGCCUUUCCCCCUCUGCUCAUGCCGUUCUCCCUGCCCAUGCCUUUCCCCCUCUGCUCAUGCGUUGCCCCCUUUGCCCAUGCUUUUGCCCCGUUUGCUCGUGCCGUCCGUUCCGCCAUGUCAGGGAGAUGGCGGGGGAGGGAGUCGCCACCUCCAUCGAGCUCACCAACUGCCGGCCACGACAUGGUGA